AUGAAUGAUAUGUCAACGCAGAAGUUCAUAAAUACGUUAUCAGAGUAUGGUCUCGUUCAACAUGUGAAAACACCAACACAUGUUCGUGGUCAUCUACUAGAUGUUGUUAUAACGAGAGAAUGUACAAAAAUAUUGAAACAUCCCCCGACAGUCGAUGAGAGCUUUAUAUGUGAUUCCAGAGGAAUGUCUUACAGUGAUCAUAAAGGAAUCAAUACGGUAUUAUGUGUCUCAAAACCACCCAGAGAACGGAAAACCGUGUCAUCAAGGAACUAUAAGAAAAUGAACAUAGACAAUUUCAAAAGUGACCUUAAUUUUCCAUCUGAGAAUGUAUUACAUACAUCACCGCUAAACGAUCUGGUGAAUAUUUACAACGAUUGUGUUCGAAAUGCUGUUGAGAAAAACGCCCCCCUUCGCACCCAAAACAUUGUUUUGCGCCCGAAUACUGAAUGGUAUUCAAACGAAUUGCUACAGGCAAAACGUGAAAAACGCAAAGCGGAAAGGACGUGGAGACUUUCUUGUUUGGCGGUGCAUAAGGAGAUAUUCAAGGACAAAUGUCUACAAUACAGCGCUUUUCUUACUCAAAGCAAGAGGGACUAUUUUUCCUCGAAAAUAAUAGAGUCCGGAAAUGACUCAAAACAACAAUUCAGCAUUGCAAAUCAAUUAACUGGGAAAAAAUCAGAAAUUGUUUUACCAAUUUGUGACAAUGAAUCAAAUCUGUCAGAUAAAUUUGCCGAUUUUUUCGAAUCAAAAAUUCUAGGAAUUCGAACGGCUCUUGUACAACAUAACAACGAACAGUACGGAAUACAAGACGCGCUAUGGGCAGAUAAAAAUUUCGUGGGAAGCCCGCUUCGAGAAUUUUCUAGAACCUCUCCCGAUGAAGUCUUAAAAAUUGUGUUGAAAACUGCCCCUAAGUUCUGCGAAUUGGAUCCAAUGCCUACGAAUAUCUUGAAAACAUGCAUUGAAAAUGUCCUACCAAUUAUCACCUGUCUUGUUAACAAAUCACUUACCGAAGGCGUUUUUCCAGAGGAUUUUAAACAGGCGAUAGUUAAGCCGCUUCUCAAGAAACCAUCUCUAGAUAAAAAGUGUCUGAAGAACUAUAGGCCGGUUUCAAACCUAUCAUACGUUUCAAAAAUCAUUGAAAAAGUCGUCGCAAAAAGAAUCGAAGAUCAUCUUACUUCGAACACUUUACACGACAAUCUUCAGUCAGCGUAUCGUGCGGUUCAUUCCACAGAGACUGCCCUCCUUAGAGUUCAUCACGAUAUUGCGGUAUCUCUUGACAAAGGAUGCUGUGCUACUGAUGCUUGA